CAGAAGAUGGGUCGGAGAUUUCCAGGAUGGAGGAGCAGGAUAUCGGCUGCACUUGUGAAAAGUGCAGCCGCACCGAGAGCACCUUGCACUAAAAGACCAGUUGCCAGAGUAGGAACCAACGUCAGUACUUGCAGAGGUCCCGGACGACGCCACUUGCAUUGCGGACAAUUUUGGGGUUUGCUGAAAGCCCAGAUCAGAGCUCCCAGCAGAGGGAUUAACAUCAGCCCAGUGAGGUUCAGAGUCUGACCCACCCGCCGAUAGUGCAGGCAUCUCAUACCAUCAUCGAUGCUGCAAACCCCUUCAGCCAUAGACGGUCGCUAGAGAGAGCAGUGUUUCCAGCUCUUGGUGCAGAGAUGAGUGAGAUCAUGCAAAUGGCCUCUCUCGGCCGUCCAUUCCAGUUGGGAAUGCUGUACGACUGCCGGGCAGACAUUCUGAUCCCAGAUAUCACUCUGUGGGACCCACGGACAUUGAAAAACAACCUCAAUAGACAAGGUCAGUUCAGCACUGAGUUUCACAUCAUUGCAUUGGACUCCUGGGAUGAGAAAGCCACUGCACUCGAUGUGUCGGGAUCAUUGAAAGUAAGUCUCCUCUGUGGGUUAGUGAAUGUGAAGGGCUCUGCAGAAUACCUCAGUGACACAAAGAGAUCAAAGCAACAAGCACGGGUUACUCUUCAGUACAAAGCAACAACCAGAUUUGAACAACUGACGCUGAGUCACUUACAGAGGGAGAAUAUAAUAUACCCAAGUGAGUUUGACGAGGGGUCGGCAACCCAUGUCGUUACAGCAGUGCUGUAUGGGGCCCAGGCUUUCUUUGUGUUUGAUCAAAUGGUUUCUCCAACAGAAAAACUGCAGGACGUCCAGCGUGAUAUGGAGGUAAUGGUUAAACGUCUCCCUAAGAUUCCGAUUCAGGGUCGAAGUUCUCUAAAAAUGACAGAAGAUCAAAAAUCUAAUGCUGAGAAAUUUCGCUGCACCUUCUAUGGGGAUUUCUCACUGAAGAACAAUCCCACCACAUUCCAAGAUGCCAUCAGUACCUAUGCAACCCUCCCAAGCUUACUUGGACGACAUGGCGAGCAUGCAGUGCCUGUGACAGUCUGGCUUUAUCCUCUCAAUAAACUGGACUCAAGAGCUGCUCGGCUGGUGAGGGAGAUAAGUGUGGGUUUGGUCAAUCGCUGCCAGCGUGUCCUGGAACAGCUCCAUGAGGCAAUGAGGAGAAGCAAUGAUAUGGUGAAUGAUGGUGUUGUCAUUCAAUUUCCUGAGGUCGGAGACAGGAUACUCCAGUUCCGUGAUAUGUGUCAGAGAUACAAGCUGGUUUUCCAGCGGAACUUAGUGAGAGUUUUGCCAUCCAUCCGAGCAGGUAAGGAGGAUGAAUUGUUAUUGGGAGACAUCCUGAAGAAAAGGGACCAGUCACCAUUCAAACACCAGUUACUGAUCAGAUGGCUGGAUGGCAAGGAAAGGGAGAUGAUGAUAGUGAGACAUUACCUCAAUUUAUUAAAAGGUAUUCCUGUUCUGAAAUCAGUGGGUGAGUUGCCUCAGGAAUUGAAUAAUCCAGCAAUAGACUAUGUGGUCUGCUUCUCAUUUACAAUGCUGCAUCAGGAGGAUCUCUAUCUGUCAGAGGCAAAGAACUACCUCCAGUCUCACACAGCUCAGAAGAUGCAGCCACCUGAUGCUGCUGCUGGAUCCUGUGGAACACGACACAGCGAGCAGUGGUUUAACUCACAGGUUGUACAGCAAAAGAUGAAGGAACAAUCUCAAUUAUUCUUGGAUUUUGCCACUGCCAACAGUGCAGCUGGGAAAGUAAAAUUCCUUGUUGCUUCUGUGAAAGAUAGCAGCUACAUAGGGGCAUCUAUUUACCUGUAUGAGGGAGUGUGCAUAAAGACCCGGUGCUUUGAGCCCCCAUCACAGCCUGAGAGACCUGUGGCUUGUGGAGCAAUGCAUAACAGUGUGACACUGCAGUUACAACCUCCCAGAUACGGUGCCUGUGGGAUCGUCAGUUACCAGGUGGAGUACCGAGGACCCCAGCAGGAGGAAUGGAUCACUUUGGAUACACCUGACAAAUCCCACUCCUUCACAAUAUCUGGGUUACAACCACAGCAGGAGUAUCAUUUCCGAUACAGAGCAGUGACCAAGAUUGGGGUCAGCCCGGUGAGUGAAAGCUGCACGGUCCUCACACAUCCGACAGGUGCAACUGGUAAAAUGAUCUUCCAGAGUGGUUUACCCAACUCAGCACUUGCCCGCGACAGAAGAAGUUACGUUGGCACUCAUGUUGAUUACUUUCAGAAGAUGCUUCAGCAAGACAGAGAUAAGGGACAUUGGUCAAACAAGGAACAUAGACCGGGGAAAGAAGUACAGACAACAGUCGCUUCAUGUUAUAAUAAAUCAAAGACAAUCUAUCAAGUCCACGUGUCUGCAGACUGCAGAAAAGCAGGUUCUAGUGCAGACAGUAAUGAGCUUCCAAGAGAAAGAGUACAUGAGCCAAACAGGCUGGCCCAAAAACUUCUCAGACAAACUGAUUUAAUAUCAAGAGGAGACCCUUCAAUUUACCUGCUGAAGCUACAGAAGGAGGUAUUUGAUCAGUCCAAGCAACUUGUGAAAUGCUCCUUUGGAAAACCUAAUGCAAAACAAACAAUGAAAACAAUUAUGGUUCUGGGAGCAACAGGGUCAGGAAAGACGACCCUCAUCAAUGGGAUGAUCAACUACAUCUUGGGCGUGGAAUGGGAAGACAACUUCAGAUACAUGUUAAUACAUGAAGAGACAGGAAAAUCCCAGGCUGAAAGUCAGACAUCCUCCAUCACUGCCUACCAACUCCACCAUCAGGUAGGAUUUAAAAUUAAUUUCUCAUUGACUAUCAUUGAUACACCAGGAUUUGGAGACACUCGGGGGAUAAGCCGAGAUCAAUUGAUCACUGAGCACAUCCGAGAGUUUUUCACCUCCCCCCAGGGGGUUGAUCAAAUCGAUGCUGUGUGUUUUGUAGCUCAAGCAUCAUUGGCUCGCCUGACACAGACACAGAAGUAUGUUUUUGAUUCAAUACUUUCUAUUUUUGGCAAAGAUAUUGCAGACAACAUUCAGAUACUGGUGACAUUUGCCGAUGGGCAUCAUCCCCCUGUUCUGGAGGCCUUGAAGGCAGCUGAGAUGCCAUGUCCCAACGAUAAAAAUGGUUUGCCCGUACACUUCAAGUUUAACAAUUCUGCCGUAUUUGCCCAGUGUCCAGCCUCUAGAAAAUUUGCUGAAAAGGGGAGCUGUGAUAAUCAAAGGGAAGUGGAAGAGAAUGAUGACGAUUUUGAUGCAAUGUUCUGGAUGAUGGGAGCAAAGAGUAUGAAGAAAUUCUUCUCAGCUCUGAACAAGAUGGAAACAAAAAGUUUAUCUUUGACCAGAGAGGUUUUGUGGGAACGUAAGCAGCUGGAGACUACAGUGGAGGGGUUGCAGGUUCAGAUCAGAGUUGGCCUGACCAAACUGGAGGAACUCAGAAAAACACAACAAGUUCUGAACCAACACCAGACCGAGCUGGAUGCAAAUAAAGACUUUGAGUAUGAGAUCGAAAUUACACUUCCAGAAAAGCAUGACAUCAGCAGCACUGGCAAUUACAUAACCAACUGUCAGAAAUGUCACUUUACCUGCCACUAUCCCUGUCAUGUUCCAGAUGACACAAAGAAAUAUAAGUGUUCAGCAAUGAACAGGAUUGGGAACUGCACUGUCUGUCCCCUAAAAUGUGUCUGGAGUGUUCACUUCAACCAGAAGUACAAGUUUAACUAUGUAACCAAAAAGGAGAAGAGAACAUAUGAUGAGCUGAAAAAUAAAUAUCAGAUGGCCUGUGGUGAGAAGAUGACACAAGAAAAAGUCAUGCAGACCCUUCAGCAGGAGUUAGCUAAGGUUGAAAAUGAAGUUCUGGGAUUGAUUGAAGAAUUAAUGCACAGCAUUAGUAGACUUGAAAAGAUAGCUCUGAGACCAAACCCAUUAUCUACCCCAGCUUACAUUGAGCUCCUGAUUCAGUCUGAGAAAGAAGAGGGAAAGCCUGGGUACAUGGAAAGAAUUCGGGCACUGCACGCAGUCAAGGAGCGGGCAGAGCUAAUUGAAAAUGUUGUCAACACCGAUUUAUUAUCAGAACAAUGGAAGCUAAAAACAGGACAGGAAAAAAGCACCAGAAACUAUGUUAAAACUGGAGUUUCUAUGUUUUGUAAUUGGAUCACUCACAAUAAGUGACCAGAAAGUAUUCCAGUUGUUUCCAAAUUGGACAGUAGAUGGUUUGCUCAUCCAAAAAAACAAAUUACUGAUUCUAAUUUGCUCUCCUCUCCUCCUUUAACAGCCCAUAUUAAUUUAUACCACAUCUUCUUUCAUCAACACUUUGCCCCUCACCCAGGUGGCUGACACACCAUCACUCAGGUCUACUCGUAGCUAGAAGCUCAACUGCAGUAGCUUCUCUUCCUAGUCCUAUAGUGGCACCCGUGGACUGUCCCAAGAAUCAGUCUAUAUCCUCUCCUGUUCUCUAUUGAUAUGCCGGCCCUUGGAAACAACGUCUAAAUCACAGUGUCCAUUUCCUCUGUAGAAAGGCUGCCCCAGCUCCACCCCUCACCAAUCCCGACUCUCUGUGCUUCCAGAUGACACAGUGCUGGAUGACGGGGAACUUCCUCCCAGCUCCUUUCUUCUCAAGGGGCAUGGUCAGAGUCUGACCCACAAAGUAGUGGGAGGAGUGAAUCAGUCCCAAUAACUUUUAAAGCAGAGAAAUGCAAAAUGGGAAAAAGAAGAAAAUCAUUUUCAUCUAUUGUCAAAUGACUUAAGAGGCUAUUCAGCCCACUGCACCAUUACUGGCUUUCAAAGCCACA